AUGGCCAACAAUAGGGUUGUCAAAUAUGUUUUCGUCUUCUUGACUGCUAUCCUGGGACCAUCAAAGCUGGUUCUUUCGCCAGAUGAGGUGGCCAAAUAUCUGCAGUGGGAAAUUUAUCUCCGCAUCCUGGAGUCAUUCUAUGACCAUCUUUUGGGAGAGCCUAAAGCCUAUGUCACACAAGCCUUGAAAUUGUGGACAGCAAACGGACUUCUCUCUAUGAGAAACGGCACGGCGUGCAGCUGGCGUUCUCUACGUGUGUUGUCAGACUACAUAUCAAGAGCCAGACAGUACUUGAGGGAAGCAGAGGCAGACACCCGUUCACCCCUACCGACUCCUCACAAAGAUACACUCAAGCGGCUUGCAAUCUUAAUGCACCAAAUGGGCCAGGCUCCUCCGCCCGCCGCCAACCUUCCGGUCAUCGAGGGCGUUGUUCCUAUGCAGCCUCUAUUGCGCCUUGCUCCACCAACACCAGUUCAGGAUGACAGCGAAGACUCGUAUGGAGAUGAUGGGUUCAACGGUUUCUCUGAUGAUUCGGCUGGAGGCUGA